AUGGAGUACGGAUCAAAGGCCCUUGCCCUUUCCUCGCUCCUGCUCCUUCUUCUAACACUUGAAUCGAUCUUCAUAACUCUAUCGCAUUCUAAAUCAAUCGUCAAAACCCUUCCUGGAUAUCCUGGUCAACUUCCAUUCAAACUCGAAACGGGUUAUGUGGGAAUAGGAGAGAAGAAAGAAGCACAGUUUUUCUACUAUUUUGUUGAAUCAGAACGAAAUCCAGAAGAAGACCCGCUUUUAUUUUAUCUCGCCGGAGGUCCUGGCUGUUCUGCUGUCAUUACUUUCUUCUAUCAAAUCGAAACCUUCAUCUGCAACGUUAAAUUCCAAAAUAAACCGCCAAACAACAGUUGGACAGUUGCAGCGAGUUAUCUUUACACAUUUUACACCAUGCACCCUGUUUAUACUUUAUAG